AUGUGGGGGCUCCGGCUCCUGCUCCUGUGGGCGCUGAUGCUGGGGCGCAGCCUGGGGCGCAGCACCCAGGCCCCCAGCGACUACGACGAGACAGAAAACCCGACGGGCGAUGACGGGGGCUCCACGCUCUCUCUCCCUCCAGCACGCCCCCGCAGCUUCCCCGGCCAGCCGUGCCUCAAUGACAGCCACACGCUGCGGCUGUCCAACCGCUCUCAGGAGCUGCUGCUGGGCUGGGUGCCCACCCGGCUGGUGCCGGGCCUCUACGGACUGGUGCUGGUGGUGGGGCUGCCCGCCAACGGGCUGGCGCUGUGGGUGCUGGCCACGCGCGUGCCCCGCCUGCCCUCCACCCUGCUGCUCAUGAACCUGGCGGCCGCCGACCUGCUGCUGGCCCUGGUGCUGCCGCCGCGCCUCGCCUACCACCUGCGGGGCCAGCGCUGGCCCUUCGGCGAGGCCGCCUGCCGCGCCGCCACCGCCGCCCUCUACGGCCACAUGUACGGCUCGCUGCUGCUGCUGGCCGCCGUCAGCCUGGACCGCUACCUGGCCCUGGUGCACCCGCUGCGGGCGCGGGCCCUGCGCGGCCAGCGCCUGGCCGCCGGGCUCUGCGCCGCCGCCUGGCUCUCGGCCGCCGCCCUGGCGGCGCCCCUGCUCAUGCAGCGCCAGACCUUCCGGCUGGCCGGCUCGGACCGCGUGCUGUGCCACGACGCGCUGCCCCAGGACGCGCAGCUGGCCUACUGGCGGCCGGCCUUCAGCUGCCUGGCGCUGCUCGGCUGCUUCCUGCCCCUGCUGGCCAUGCUGCUGUGCCACGGGGCCACGCUGCGCACGCUGGCGGCCGGCGGGCAGCGCUACGGCCACGCGCUGCGGCUCACCGCGCUGGUGCUGGCCUCGGCCGUGGGCUUCUUCACGCCCAGCAACGUCCUGCUGCUGCUGCACUACGCCAGCCCGCGCCACGGCGGCUGGGGCGACCUGUACGGCGCCUACGUGCCCAGCCUGGCGGUCAGCACGCUCAACAGCUGCGUGGACCCCUUCGUGUACUACUACGUCUCGGCCGAGUUCAGGGACAAGGUGCGCGAGGGGCUCUCCCGCCGGCCGCCAGGGGGCGCCACGGCCUCCAAGGCCUCCGGGGAGGGCAGCGGCCCGGCGGCCUCGGGCACUCGCUCCUCCUCCCUGCUGUGA